UAUGUGCACGACCCCUAGAGUGUAGACAAUUUACGUUAACGACACUUAUAAGUUGAUCGCGUUGUUUAUCAAUACUUUAAAAUUGUACGAAAGGUUUACAUAGUACUUUGGUUGUAGGGCGUUCGCGUUCCCACUCCAACGGAUGCAGACCGAAUGGAGUUCAAAAGCGCGUGCGUCAAUGUGAUGGCAAUGGACCUGCGCCCCACAACGACUUUCUCUGGGGAUGAGUUCACUAAACUGAUCCAGACGGCGUGCAAUGUCCAAGCCAGGCAUGGCAAGCAGCCUAUUAACGCCGCCCAGCUGAUUAGUGAUCGCACGACACUUGUCCGCUGCUUAGAAGAAGAAGCGGACAAGGCACGACAGGAAAUCUCUGCUGACCUUAACUCCGCAUCGGAAGACAGUGUGGGCAUGGGUGCAACUACAGACCUGUGGACUGAGAAGUACUCACUACGCCACUAUAUGUCCCUCACAAUGCACAUCAUCGACCAUAAUCAUAAACUGCUAAACCUUGUACUUUCAGUAUCGAAUUUCCAGGAUGACUCAGAAACUGCAGAAAAUCUUGCAGAACAUUUGGAUAGGGAGUUGAGGAAAUUCAAUGUAAUUAGAGAUAAUUUGGUAUUUGUAACUGAUGGGGGGAAAAAUGUUAUAAAUGCACUUGAAAUUCUUAACAUUCCAAGAAUCUAUUGUAUGGACCACUGCUUGAAUAUUGUACUCAAAACUGCAUUUAAUAUGAAAAUGGUCGAGUUGGACUUAUAUGGUGAGACCGGACGAGAGGUUUUAAAAUGUGUAGAGUCAGCAGUUAAUUUUGUAAGGUCGUCAAGAAGGCGGAAGUCAGAGAAUCUUAAAAAGUUGAAAAAACCCCCACGGACUUGUGAAGCGACAGAAUUUCCCCGCUAUAUGUCGCACGUGCCAUGCAUGCAAGAUUUGCUAGACAACUUUGAUGAGGUUUGCACAUUUUUGCACAAUGCGAAUGAAGAAGAGACUGCCAAUAAUUUAUCACGGGAUGAUAUUCAAGUCCUCGUUGACUUCAUUCAACCAUUAGAUGAGAAGGCCAAGCCUCACAGUAAUGACCUUUCGGAGGUCAACCAGGCUUGGCUCAACGACCACAUUGAAGACAAACCAGAAGACGGCGACCUACUAUGUUUUCUUAAAGCAAAUGCAAGAGUGCAGUUGGCAGGUAGAUUCGCCGUUCAAUUGAUGCAAAAAUGCAAAAAAAUUGUGACCCUCUUCAAAGGUUGGGGGGAAAACCACCUACUGGACGAGACGCUGAAGCAGGACAUUCCCACCCGCUGGAAUUCUCUGCUGAUAAUGUUGAUGUCGUUCCCUAAGGACCAUUUUGAUACGGUCAAUUCUACUUUGUUAGCGCACAACACGCGCGAAAAGACGUAUGACCACCUCCUUUUAAACCAGGAGGACCAGAAUGACAUUAAGCGUCUCAUCAACUUUCUCAAACCAUGGAAGCUGGAGUCUGAAAGAGUCCAAGGUGACAAGUACCCAACUUUACAGUACGUUCUGGUUGCGGCUGCUCGGCUAGCGGCUUUGUCAGAACCGAAAGAAGAUGACAGUUUCAAAAUUCAACACCUGCGAGCCCGAGCAGCGCAACUGCUGAAGCGAAAAUUUGUGCCUCAUGACCUGCACAAGAUAGCGACGUUCUUAUGGCCUGACUUUAGGCGCCUCCUCAUGCUUAAAACUGCCACUGAGAGAAAGAAGGUGUUUGAUCAAGCCAUACGUAUGUGUGACAAGUUUAGUGGGUCCACUGCCGACCACACUACUGCACGCAAACGUCGCAAACUUGACGAUGGGUACGACCAGUGGAGAGCGGAAAGUAGCACGGCCGAGUCAGGGGAGGAGUACGACGAGAUAGAGGAGUACUUGAACGCCAAACUCCCGCUCGUGCCGGGAGAGGAUGUUUUGAAGUUCUGGGAGAGAGAGGUAUUACGUCUUACACAGUAAAUUAAUAACCCUAAAAUAAGUCAAAAUCGAGCUAGUUUUGUCCAUUAAGUUUUUAAUUACAUGUGCAGAGUCAAAAUUUGAUGACACUAUUGCGCAAGGAAGUGUCUCAUAAAAAGUGAAGGAAACUUGUAUUCCACAAUGUCACUAGACUACAAAAGGCAUUAAUGCACUUAAUUAAAAACUUGCUUCACAAAAAAAGGUCCUUUUGACAUUAUUUUGGAGUUGUGAAUCUAUCGGUUGUAUCGAUGCACGCGUAGGGAAUGAUACCGGUUGGAAUGUUAGCCUGCAAUUUCCGGCCCUUCAAGAAAGGUGCCAAGCUGCGUGAGGCUCUUGAGUAGGCUAACCCGAAACACUCCGACGCAUGCACAGAUACACCCGAGUAAGUGGUCGUGUCGCGAUCGCCCUGUGUUCAGUGACAUCUCCCCUUCACUUCUCUCCCUUUCCCCACCGCGCGCCCCGCGUUGCCCUCAGAACACGCUUUGGCAGAAGGAGGGGAAGGGAAGUGCAGUGAAGUGUCACUAAAAGUACGACAUAAUAUCUUUUGAUUUUUGUUUCGUUUCGUUGUUCGUUUCGUUGUUUCGUGAACUGGGUCCGUAGCACAUUGCGAAAAAUAUCUUUGUAAAUUGACAAUUCUGGGUUUUGUUCUUAUUAUUCACAUUUUAGUCCGCUUUCCAAAUUUGAAUGAUGUAGAGUAGUAUUUCUAAAUUGCUCUUUUCUCUCAGGCUCAUAGGUUCCCCAAAUUAGCAAAAUUGGCGAAGCAAGUACUCUGUAUACCCGCUUCAAGUGCCUCCAGUGAGCGAGCUUUCAGCAUCGCGGGUCUUAUUAUAAGUCCCCGAAGAAAUUUGCUGAGCUCGGACCAUCUGGACGACAUGCUUGUACUUCGUGGGUACCUGAGGUACAAGAAAGAAAAAGAGACGGACGGAGCAGUGGCAGGUGCAGGG